AUGACCUCAAACAUUAGCUCUAUUUCCAACAUGUAUCCUGUCAAUCGAAUUUAAUUCACACAGCAUCCACCCAAAUCAGGCAGCAAUAGGCCAGGAAGAGUUCACUCUAAUAAUAGUAAUACCUCACAAAACAAUCACUCUAACCCUCCUAGACCAAAGAAUAUCAUAAGUGAUCGAAACCCUAUCAUUAACAAUGAGAAGUACCGAAAGAGAAAGAUCUCCUACGAGUCAAUAAAUAACUCUCAGAAUUAAAUAAAUAAUUCACAAAACAACAUCAAUCACAGCAACAUUAUCAAUACUAGCAGCAAUACUCCCUCAAUUCAGCACAUAUGCUAUGAUAAAGAGAUCAAAUUGAUUAUUAAACGAUCCAAGCAUGAGAACGUUUUUGUGCCUGAGCUUAAAGAACUCAAUCGCAUUCUCUAUCUUAUUUAAAAUUGCAAGAGUGCUGCUUAUGAGUUGUACUAGUUUUUAAUUAAUAGCAGUUGGAAAUAUUUUAGAAGAUGGAUUUAAAAUGCAUAAAAAUCAAGUUAUUCAUAAGUGAUAUCUGAUUAAAGGAGAACUAUUUUGCUAAUCAUUGAAAAAUUGAUAUCCAUUGCUAACAACGAUUUCAAGAAGGAUCCAUUUGUAAGGAAUAAUUCCGAACUGAAUACAAUCUCAGCAAAUCAUAGCUAGAGAAGCAGUUCAUAUAAUAAUAAACCCACUAAUAAUGGUGCUGGUCAGAAUAACUCAGGCUUCUUAGAUUAAAAGCCAGUGCUUUAAAAUAUCACUAACACUUAUCAACUUAGAAAAGAUCAAACACCUUCCAGUAGACUUAACAAUACUAAAUUACCUCUUGGAAAAAUCACAAAUCUAUCUAGAGAUAGGCCUAGCAGCAAUCAUGGAGGUUCUUCAUCAUUCUAAAAUUAUAUUAGAUCUCAAGUUACAAAUACCAGUAAUUAUGUUGAGUGCUGUGCUACUCCUCUUCAUUAGUAGUAGUUAUUCAAGAAAAGUGAUGUUCAAGCCUUGGUUAAUAAUAAAAGUAUUGUAGAUAUAAUUGCAUGCUAUGUGAGGCCAUUAAGACAUUACGACCAACAAAGCUUGGUUUAAAUAGUUGAAGAAAAAAAGCAAAUUGAAGCACUAAUAGGGUAAAUGAUAGAAAUCACUUUAGAGUUUAAAGAUAGAGAAUUGUAUGAUGAACUGUCUCUUAGUUUUAUCAAAGCAGAUAUAUUCAGCAGUCUUAUAAGAUUCAUCAUAUAUUCCCCUAUUGAGGCAGUUGAAUAUAAAUCUGUCGCAAGAAUAUUCGAACUUUGCGCUUGUCACCAAGAAGGAAUUUAGGUGCUAUCAAAAUAUCUUAAAAACAUAGUUGAAUUGGUUGAUCUAUUCAUGCAAUCUAAGAAUGAUCUGAUCUCAGUCAAAUAUCCAGCUGCGACAGUACUUUUAGACUUGACUGCUAAUGAGAAUUGUAUAGAGAAGGUAGCUUUUCUCAUUAAAGACAAAGACUUGUUUGAUGUAAUAUUAGUUGAGUUAGAGGAAUCACUCUAAAGAAAGGUACCCAAAAAUUCUCCUAAUAAGGUGUACUUAAAUAGAUUUAGAGACCUAAUGAUAGGUAUUGUAUUAAAUUUGACUUGUAAUGUUGAAAGUGAGGAAAUUACUGAAUAUAUGGUGAGAAAAGAUGUAAUCAGAGUGCUCAAGGAUAUUCUACAAGACACCAGACAUGAUUGGCCAACAAAUGGCGCAGCCUUAGCGUUAUUACAGUAUGCUCACUUAUCCCUCUCAAACGCUGAAAUGUACAUGAAACUUGAAGAAAACUAGAUUCAAGAGCUUAUGAUGAAGUUUGUAAAUGAAUGUAAGAAAAAGGAAACUAAAAGACACAUUUAUGAGACAAUCACUCUUAUUUCAAUGAGCAAAUAGAAAAUGGAGUCAAUCAGCAAAAUUAUCAGAGAUCAAUGCUAUGCAGCUUGCGCUUGA